AUGUUAAUUAUAUACUGGAUUGCGGCACUCGGGAUAUCUCUCUUUCUAUUCAAUUAUAUUGCUCGUACGCGAAAAUAUUUCUCGUUGAACGCCAAACGAAAAUACUUUCAUGCUCUUGCGGUGGCAAUGUUUAUUCCCGGGUAUUUACUUGAUCCUUUAUUCAUGGAUUUGGCCUUUAGUGUGGCGCUUUCCGCUCUUAUCUAUCUGGAGUACUUGAGAUUUUUUGCGGUCUUCCCGCUCGGGAAACAACUUCAUAUCUUUUUAAGCGAAUUUGUGGAUAAUCGCGAUGCUGGUCCCGCUAUUUUAAGUCACAUUUAUUUAUUAGUUGGAUGCGCCGGAUGCGUUUGGUUAAAAGGGAGCUCGAAAAUUGCCGGUCUAUCCGGUAUUCUUACCCUCGGUCUUGGCGACUCAAUGGCAUCAAUAAUAGGACGAAAAUAUGGCCGUCGACGAUGGCACGGAACCUCUAAAACUUUUGAAGGAACCGCGGCUUUUAUUGUUCUUGUAUUGUUGGGCAGUGUGCUGAUCGAUAUUUUUUUGAUUACGGAUCAAGCUUUAACUUUUUCGCAGGCAACAAAUGCAACCUUCUUUGACCGCAUAGCGGCAUUUGGACCACGCCUAACGGAGGAGGGGCUUGAAGGGCAUCUCAUUCCUCUGGACAUGAUCGAAUCGGAUAACAUAAAUGGAUGUCGAACAUUAGAAACACGUUUUGACAUUCCCACAAUAGUUCUCGUUGAGCGUGGUCAUUGCUCCUUUAUUGACAAAGUACGAAAUAUGCAACGUUCAGGAGCAGUAGCCGUAGUAGUAGGCGACCCAGAACAUAAUGGAUUAAUUACCAUGUAUGCUACUGGAAACACUUCAGAUGUUGAAAUUCCUUCCGUUUUUGUUGGACAAAAGGAUUAUAAUGAACUCCGGUCAAUCGUAUUUAUAAGUGGAACCCCAAUAUUGAUAAAGCUUGUGAAAGAUGAUCUUUUACAGUGGCCAUUAUUGGACGUCAUAAUUGUUGUAAUCUUAUCACCGACGGUGGUUAUGAUCUUCAUUUAUAUUCUAUGGCGUAUUCGUCAACGACAUUUAAACAGACAAGACAUCGCACCACAACAAGUGGUGUGCAAUCUUCCGCGGAAAAUAUAUAAUCAGUCGAAAAGACAAGAAAAUGACCCACAGGAAUGUGCAAUAUGCCUUGAUGACUAUGCGGAUGGAGAUGAACUUAGGAUUAUGCCGUGCAAACACGAAUUUCAUGUCACAUGUAUCGAUAGUUGGCUGACAACAAGAAAGAAAUUUUGUCCUAUUUGUAAACGAGAUAUUUGCUCACCUAAUGAAGCGACUCCUUUGUUACCUAACCGCGACUCUCCAUAA